GAACUUAAAAACUGAAACUAUUAUUCAUUCUAAAAAUACUGUAUGUUAUUAAAUUGAGAUUUCUAUCACCUAAAAAAUAUUAUACUAACAAUAAAUGCAAUGAUAAAAAAUAUUAUUGUUUUUGACGUUUUUGUACUUACAAAUAUAAUUUUAUAAUUUUAAAAAUAAUAUAUAACACAAAAAAAAAAAACGAAAAGCUCCUAAUAAAGAUUAUAAAAAGGAAUAUUGCAAAGUUAAAGAUGCGUUAUUUGCUAAUUAUUAUAAUAUGUAUCAUUAUUUUCUAUAGUAUUCUGGUGAUGUGGUAUUGUUUAUUUAUCGACAAACAAAAUUUGAAACAAAACUUUUAUGAUCAGAAAUCGAAGACUCAAAUUAAUUACAAUGAACAGGUAGAUUAUAAAUUAUUAUAAUUAUAAUACUUUAAUUAUAUUACUGUUAAUUAUAUAGUCUCAUAUAAAUUAGUGCAAUUUACAUUUUCUAUAGUAUACAAAAUUAACUAGAUAGGUCUACUUAUACUAUAUCUAAGUCACUUAUUAGAUCAAUGAUCAUUAUCAGGGCUGUGAAUUUAAUGUAUUUGGAUGGAUUUUUUUGCUAUGUUGUAAAGAAAAUGGAUUCAACCAGAAUUUGUUUUGGCUUAUAUAUAGUUAAAAUAUAGAAUCUUAUUUUGAAUGGGUUUGCAUAUUUAACAAGUUAGAGCAUAUAAAUGUAUGUUUCCGUGAUUUUUCGUAUAAAGGGGAUUGGAAGCGAUGAUUCUUUGUCUUAUACGAGUGAUAAAUAGGGAUUUAGACGUGUUUUAUUUCUAACGGACAGAUUGAUCUAGUAAAACGAUAAGAAUUCUGGAAACAGAUUUGAACUUGUCGUGAAAUUUAUUGGAGAUCGGCUUUCCCACUCUUUUGAUUUUAAUUUCUCAAAAAAUUGAAAUAUUCAAUUUUUUUAAUUACUCUUUUAUUAGUAUGGCUUUUUUUUAGAAUUUAAGGAGAUAAAUUUAAGAAGUGGAAAAGUCGAUCUCAAGUAGACUUCACGACAAAUUCAAAUCUAUUUCUAGAAUUCUUAUCGCUCAUCUAGAUCAAUCGGUACGUUGGAAUUAGAACACGUCUAAAUUCCUACAUCUCACGUGUAUAAGACAGAAACUCGUCGCUUCCAAUCCCCUUAACGCAUUUUUUUCUUGAUAUUUAUAGUUUUUUAGUCAAUUGUGUUUACAUUAGUCUAAAUAUUUUCGUUUAUUAUAAUAUCUUUAAUAGUUAGUGAAAAUAUUUUAUUUUUAGUCAGGUAGAUAAAAAAAAUCAGGAUUGUUCUGACAUUUACAAAAUAUAUCUACCUACGAUAUAAAUUCGUUAUCUUUUAUACAUUUAUUAGAAACAUAAAUGAAUACCUACUAUAUAAUAAUAACUUAGUCACGCAUUUUUCAAUUUAAUAGUUUAAAUACCUAUAGCUCAAAGGAUAUGUAUAAUUUAUAAUUUAUUUUGUCCAAUAUUUCUUUUUUUUCAGUUGUGAAAAAAACUACUGAUUUUUUUUUUAUGUAAUGAAAGCAGUAUUAUUAAUAUAGACAGUACAUAUUUAAGCAUAUUUUUGAAUUUUUCAGUGUACAUUUUAAAGCACAAAUGCAUGCACGUUCAACACUUUUUUUAAUUUCCUGGUUAUUAUGAUUUUUCUUUUUAUCAAAUUAAAAAAAAAGUAAUACAGUAUAGUUUUAUAUUCAAUUACAGAACCAAGAAUAUUAUCUAGAACCAGAAAUUUUACCUUUGACACCCACCCUAAUUACAAUGAACAGGAACGAAAUUCCCAAGACAAAUUUACCAUGGUACUUCAAGGGUAAUCAUAAGCAAUAUAUGUAUAUAUACAUAUAAAGUAUAUUUUUAUAUAAUAACUAUAAGUAUAACAAUAAAAUAAAUAUGAAAUAUAUCUAAAUAAUAAAAACAAAUGUGGUAUUAAUAGAUGGUAUGUAUUGUGGUGAUAUGGUAUUCAGCUUUUUUCACUUUUAGUGUACUAUUUUCUGAAUACCUCAUGAAUUUUUUAAAUCGAUACAAGUCCUAAAUACACGCUAAGAUUUUUCUUUUAUGUAGGUACAAUAUAUUUUUUAUAAGUAUGUUAUUGUUAUAUUUUCGAUUAUUAACCUCUAAAACACUUUUGUAGUUUUUUUUUUUUAAACUAAAAAUAAGUACAUAUAUAACAAUAAUCUUUAUUAACGAAAAUAAAAUUCCAAUUAAAUUUUAUAUACAUGGUUUAUAAUACGAAAUAUUUAUAGCUAUAAUAGGUAUAUAAUAAUUUACAACAAUUCAAAUAAAUCAAAAUUAUCAAAAAAAAAUACUACUGUAUAAUAUAUACCUUACUUCAUUUAAUAUACUCAGUAAAUAUAUUAUUUCAUAAAAAAACAAAAUCAGUUAUUUGUCAAAUAUAAACCAAACAUUUAUCACACCAACAGUUGGUAUUUCAUCAAUCGAUAUUAUUUAAUGUGUCAACAUUAUAUGAUGUAUUUUUUAUUGGUCAGAUGGUACAAUAAGACCAACUAGAGCUAGAAUUUUGCCAAAAUCCAAUGUCCGAACAUCACAAGUAUGGCCUGAAGAACAAAUAGAUAGUGAUCGAGUGGAAGAUCAACUAAUGUUCAUUCCACCGCGUUAUCAAUAUGACAAUGCGCCAAUAAAAACAAUUUUACUGUAUAACAAUUGGAAUAAUUGGAAGGUUAGUGUCGGACAAGGUGGAUUUGUUCCAAAUAAUUGUCCAGUGAACAGAUGUGUGAUUACUACAAACCGAUCAGAAGCUUCAAACGUAGAUGCAAUCAUAUUCCGUAAUGAAUUUUCCCAUCCAGGUCACAAAAAUACAGAUAAACAAGUAAGAAUAAAAUUUGUUUAUCGUGUUAUGGGUCGUGUAGGAGAAUUAGGCAUUGUAAAUAAUGCACUGCAAUAUACUGCAAUAUUGGUCAAAAUUAGUCGAAAAUUUUUUAAAUUACAUUACUGUCUACAAUUAGAGGAUGUACAUCGCAUUGCUUAUAUAUUUAUCUCUGGACAAAUUAAAACAAAAAUUACCUAUAACCAAGUACAAGUCGAUAAUUUUUUACAAUAAUAUAUUGCUUAUAGUAAAUUAAUAGUGGGCACAAUUUUCGACAAGAAUUCCGAAUAAACAGUGCACUCGAUGGUAUUAUUAACUUUAUAAACCACAAGAGCAGACACACAUUAAAACUAUCAUCCACUCAUCCACCUGUUUCCAAAUGUGAUUUGGAAAAUGAAAUAAUAUUUAUAAAACCACGAAUCACCAUGUGGUGUUAGAGAUAAAUAUAUUUAUUUAUAAAUUUUACAUUAUUUUUCAAUGUUUAAAAUACAAGAAUAUUAAAGUUUUAGAUUUUUGCAUUGUGCUCAUCAUUGAGACGUUUCUAACAAUAACCGAUUCUCUGCUCGGUCUAUAUAGUUAGCGUAUUUACAGAUCUUAUCCGAGUUCGGCGCAAGCCGAAACGUAAUCUAGUUGGUUUAUAGAGGUUUUAGAAAACAUAAUCUACUUGUUGGUCCAAAUGCGAUAAUGUUUCAAAUUGAGUGUAAACCUAGAAUGAAAAGCCACCACGAGUUUAGAUAGAGUAGAUGGUUGAUGGAAAAACUUAACCUAUAACUUAUAAUGAACCUGCUGGUUCAAACUUGAUAAUAUUCCAAGGAAGUCAAGUGCCAACCCUAAAACCUAGGCCCUAGUCAACAAAGAACUACGACGGGUCGCUUCAUACCGCUUGGACCGAAUUCGGAUAGGGGUCUGUAAAUACGGGUCCGGUAAACAACAUUAACAUCAUAUUUUACACUAUAAUAUUACGAAGAAUAAAACAUUAUUUAAAUGCACAUUUCUAAAAAAAUUAUAACAAUAUCUUGUAAUUUAGGUGUGGAUUAUGUUAGUCACAGAGUCGGCAUAUUACAUGAAAUUCGACGUGGACCAAAGCAUAGUUUACUGGACUGCGACAUAUCGACACGACAGCGAUAUUGUCGUGCCGUACGGCCGAUGGGCGUAUUACAAUCCGUCGAUAACUCAAAUCGGACAUUUAACCCGAAAUUAUGCGAAAAAUAAAACCAAAAAAGUGGCGAUGAUCGUUUCAAAUUGCCACACGGAUAACGACAGAUUGGAAUACGCCAACGAGUUGAGCAAAUACAUAUCCGUGGAUAUUUACGGUAAAUGCGGACAAUUCAAAACGAUUAAAACGAACCGAAUAGAUCGUUUUAUUGAAAUGUUGGAUCGGGAUUACAAAUUUUAUUUGGCUUUCGAAAACUCAAAUUGUAUUGACUAUGUGACCGGGCAGUUUUUCGUCAAAGGACUACAGUAAGUUCGAUAUAAUGGUUAACGUUACGCGGUAUAAUACACUCGAAAAAAAGUAAUGGUAAUUAAAACUCCAUGUCUCCUGUGAAAACAUGGAAUUAGUAUAAAAAUGGGUACAUAGAAAGUGUGUUUAAAGUUGAAACCGCCAAAAGUCACAUCAUUGAUACUUCCACCAGACAUAUACAAUUUUAUUCCCUGGCUUCAUUCGAGGUGGUCUGUAGGGAUGUACAAAGCUAAAAAAUACCUUCCUCCCGUAAAAAUAUAGUUUUAGGUUCAUAUAGAAAUUAAAUUAAAUUGUAUUACUUCAAUUUGCCUAUAAAAAAAACUAAUUACCGAGUUUGAGCUCAUUUGGUCCAGAGAGAGUAGUUAAAAUUGUUCAAAUGUACCAGGAAAAAAAUUAUAUAUAUUAUAUAUGUAUAAUAGACACAAUAUAACAGUGCAAUAGUCUCCAUUUUCGGGGAAAUUCGACAAAAAAAAAAACAAAAAAAAAAAGCACAUAUAAUAGUAAAACCAAUAGAUUGCCGGCUCGUUCAGAAUGUAAAAUUCACAAAAUGUAUGCUAAAUGAAGGUUUAGAUUUCAAUUUAUUUAAGUAAUUUUGAGUGCCCCGCGUCUUGCGUCCCACGAAUGCUAGCAAAUCCGUUUCCAGUUGACAUUUCCGUAUACAAUCGUGUCUACAAUAUAGAUUGAAUUUUUUUCCGUUUGUCGUAUACAGGUAUGGCAUGUUGCCAAUCGUGAUGGGCGGACGGCAAGAGGAUUACGAGCGAAUCGCGCCGGAGAAAUCGUACGUGCACGUCGGCAACUUUGAGUCGCCUGCGCGGCUUGCCGAGUACCUGCACCGGUUGGACGCGGACGACGGUCUGUACAACGAAUAUUUCCGGUGGAAGGGCACCGGCGAAUUUAUCGACACGAAGUUCUUCUGUCGGCUGUGCGCCAUGCUACACGACGACGGCGUCCGGGCCAGGGGCCACCGGAACUUCAGCGACUGGUGGAGCGGACCAGGCGUGUGUGAACAGUCGGUACGGCCGUGGACGAUGGCCGUGGACGAUGCGGAAGACGGAGAAGAUGACGAAGUAUCGUCGUCACAGCUGGAUUCGUCGGCCGGCGACGACACGGACAACGAUACGGACGACGAAAACGCCGAUUAGCGUCCGACGAGGCAGCCACAACAACCGCCGAUCAGUGCACAGGGUAGCCCCGGGUGCCUAUCGCGGGACACCGCUGCCUCGCAGUCGGCAUCCAGAGGACGGCACCAGGCAGUUUCAACACCCGGCAAAAAUAAACCUUAUGAACCGACAAAAACAUAACACACUGAACUCUAACCACUGUUAUCGGAACGGCUUCUCUACAAAUUAUAAUAUUAUAUUAUAGAUACGAAAGAAUGCAUGGGAUUUUAUAUUUUUAUAAUAGACAUUAUAUUAUUACUGUUCAUAUAAAUUUUCAAAUUUAAACACGUUUAGAUUACUCAAAAGCCGUAGAUAGUCACUAACCAAUUAAACAAUUACUUUAAAAACAAUUUAAAAUGACUUUCACUUAACAAUUGUUUUUAAUUCUUAAUAACAUAACUAGUUAGAUUUAAUGCAAUUAUCUAAUCUAACGCGUUAAAAAUAAAAAGUAACUAGUUAUUUUGUAAUCGUAUAAGAAAUAGAAAAAAAUAGCACAAAUAUUUAUGUUAAUGUUGAAUUAAGGUCAUUAAUGUACAUAAUAUAUAUUAACUACAAUAAUCUAUAAAAAAAAAAAUAAUUAUUUAUUUUAUGUAAUAAUAAGCUGCCCGUGUAAUAAAAAAAAGUUAUUAGAUAAA